UUCAGUAGGCAUAAGUCGAAAAAACAGAAAGGUGAGGAUUUCGAGACCUUAUCGGGGAGCAGCAACCCUUCCGGAUACACUGAAUAUCUUUGGAUCGCAGCACGUGACGCGUGUUUGGAUUCACUGAAGUAGUGACACACACACACAGUGAAAGUGAAAGUGAAAGUCCGAGCGGAAGGACACAAUCGGUUUAACUAUUAGAUUCCUCAUAUUGUGGAGUGAAAGUUGUGAGAAUACAAUCGAUAAAAAUGAGUCAGUUCCAGUCAUCCAUUAAGUUAAUUACUUCUGUGAUAAUAUUGGUAGUCUUAGCCGAAGUAACAAAUGGUGCUUUGCCCAGUAUUCUGAAGUUAUGCUCAAGAAACGAUCCCGAGCUGGAGAAGUGCAUGAUUGAUGCGGUGAACUAUAUCCGGCCGAAUCUUGCAAAUGGAGACUUCGGACCAGACUUCGAAGUGCCCAAGCUGGAACCCCUCUAUAUUGAACAAAUAAAAAUACAGCGCGGUCAAGACUUGCAAGCUAUGUUUACCAAUGUUGACGUUCACGGGACCAGUAAGUUCAAGAUCGAACGAUUUAAGGCUGAUCCAUCGAAUAUAUCGUUCGAUAUCGUUGUGACUCUACCAAAGUUGAACUUCACGGGAAAAUAUUCUCUCAAAAUGAAGCUACUUCUAUUGAGUCUGCAAGGCAAGGGAGACAUCAAGGGAGUUCUGACAAACACCCGGGGGGCGAUACGCGUCCGGGGCUACACGGAGAGCGUCGACGGAAAGGACUACGUUCGCUUCCACCGGUUGGGCCUCCGGAUGAAGAUCGAAAACGGGUCGUUCCAGCUGGACAACCUCUUCAACGGUGAUCCCGUGCUGGGUCAGAUUGGCAAUCAGGUAAUCAACGAAAAUUCGGGCUUGUUUAUCGAUGAGAUUAUCCCUGGGUUGGAGAAAAAUCUGAGUCGAAUUUUCACCGAAAUCAUCAACAACUUGCUGAAGACGGCGACGCUGGACGAAAUGUUUCCCGCAAGCGUCUAGCCCGGGCGGCUGGAUGCGGAGGGUUUGGGAAUGCCUCGCACUCGCGUGUCUAAUUGUGAUCUAUAUAGUGUUUGUUUAUGUGCACAUAAAAAAGAUGCUUUAUUAAA